AUGGCCGGGGCCGGCCGCCGGGGCUCCGCGCGGCCGCAUCGCGGAGUCUCCUCUCCUCGGGGGGCAGCUGGCGGCGCCCGGCAGCCCAGCGGCGGGGCGGGGCAGCACCGGCUCCCGCGGCCCGAUCGCCCCCACCCGCUCGGACCAGCACUAAACUUCCAACUUCGCCCCGGCUCCCACGGCCGCACAAUCCAACAUGGCAGCGGGGGCGGGCGAGACCACACGGCACCGGAGCGAGAGGGGAGGCCGGGACUUGCGCCGCUGCCGCUGCCGCCGCCGCUGCCGCCACACGCUGACGGAGCCCGGCCCCGCCUGCAACCCCUGUGCUGGGCCGCGCCUGGCUGGCGGGGAGCUGGUGCCGCUAGUGAGCGGCGCCGCCCUCACCUUCCCCUUAAAUACCUGCCCCGCCGCCUGGUCCGACCUGCUCUGCCUGUGCGGCGGGGCGGGAGCGGCCGGCCGACCGAGAGGGACCCAGGGCGGUGCCGGGCUCUUGCUUUGGGCACUAAGGCGCUUGCAGGGAUGCCAAUGGGCUGGGUUGGGCGGGGAGCCUGCUGCGCUGCUAAUGCCUGGGUGAUCCACGGGCUCAUGGGAUGUGGAAGCUGAAGUAAUGGGACCUGAAGGUGAGAGCCCUCAGACUAGUCCCAAAGGU